AUGCCUGAAGUGCUUCAAAUCGGCGUUGUGGUAGUUGCCGAUGUUAUAUGUGAUGCCCCUAUGGAGGAAAUAUCGUUGAAGGUGUGCUUCCGGACCCUCCGAGCCAGUAGUUCACUACGCUGGUAUGAGCAAGAACUAUUUGAGAAAAUUUCAGCAGCUGUAUUGGUUCGGUUCACCGAGAAUGGCGGGGUCUUUUCGGACCCCCGACCAGACACGAGAUUCCUCCACAUCGCGCCGGCCAUAUAUCAUCUAGCACUGGCCUCUCAUGUGGACCCUGAGCUGGCUGAAGCCAUCAUCGAGCAGUUAAAAGAUACGGAUCGAGUUGCCGAACGACUUCGAGUAUGGAGUUCCGUGAUGGGCGAUGACAGCCCGUCAGCUAUGCGAAGACUAGUUGGGGCCUCCGGUCAGAUGCUGUGGGCGGCCUCUGCUAUGAAAUGCAUCAGUGAGGACGGCUUGUUGCCCGCAACUAGGGUGAAGCCAGUAUUCGAUAUGCUUAUGGAUCUUAGUGAUUCGGAUGGGAAGGCCAGUGAUAGGCUGGGCUCGAUAGCAGCUAUAAAUGAUAUGUAUAAAUUCACGACGGGUUUCAAUUUCGUCCUGAGAGGGUCGGAGUUGAGGAGAGAAGAAGUGUUGAGGGGUCGAGUGGCGAAUUGGUUGAAUGGGAAGGUUGGCGGUAGUUUUAUAGACAGUUUUGUGGAUGAAGAGCUUACUGGAGGCAACACCGUUGAUGUCGUCAUUGGUGACCCUCAGCAUAAGCGCGGGGUUAUUGUGGCUCCUCGUAAUGCAUGCUAUCGUAGUCAUGUAGAUGGCCGUAGAGAUCGCGCCCCUAUGGCAACUCGAUUGGCUGUUGCUGCCCUUGAACGUCUUGGGUGGAAGGUUGGGGUUGUUUCUGAGGCUCUGCUGGAGCCAGUGAGUGAGGAGGAAGUUAUCGCAGAGGUA